GGGGACGGGCUACUAUGGGCCUCGGUGUAUGAAAGCGUAGGGAUUUGAUUUUUGCAGGGCAUCAGUACCAGAGCUGAGACUGGAAUAACAGUCGAUUCAUUUGUUACAGAAAAAGAAACGUCGAAGAACUUUCAUUUGCAAUGGCUAAGAAAAAUGCAAAGGGACAGGUCAAAAGAGAUGCCAAGCCACAGCAGGCACUUAAAAAUGGAAAGAAGGCAGAGGUUGGAGGAGGAACCUCGUUUUUCACCUGGUUCAUGGUUUUGGCUCUCCUGGGCGUCUGGACCUCUGUAGCUGUGGUGUAUUUUGACCUUGUUGACUAUCAAGGUGUAAUUGCCAAAGCAAAGGACUUGCGCUAUAAUCUUUCAGAGGUGUUACAAGGUAAACUCGUGUCUUAUGAUGCUGACGGUGAUGGAGACUUCGAUGUGGAAGAUGCUAAAGUACUAUUAGGGCUGAAAGAUAAAUCCACCAUCGAGACCAGUGAAUCAUUUGAGGGAACCCCUGCUGAACCUGUGGAAGAAGCUCCUGAAUCUAUCGUGGAGGAAGAAAUCCAGGCCACUAAAGUUGAAGAAGCAGCUCAGCCACCACCGGAACCAGAGGCUGUGGAAGAGGAGCCUGUUCCUUUGGAAGAAGAACCUCUGGAAGUAGACGAAGAGCCCACUGCUGUAGAAGAUGAAUUAGCUGAGGACGAUCAAGAUGUUGAAGAGGAGCAAGAAGUUCCUGAGGAAGAACCAGAAGUUGUGGAAGAAGAGCCUGAGGUUACGGAGACUGUUGAGGAAGAGGCUUUUGAGGAGGCAGUGGAAGAGCCUGCAAAAGAGGAGGAGGUCAUACCCGAUGAAGAAGUGUUGGAGGAAAAGGCUGCAGCAGUAGAAGAUUCACCACUGGAAGAGGCAGUAGAAGAAGUAGUUGAAGAUUUACCACUGGAAGAGGCAGUAGAAGAAGUAGCUGAAGAGGCUGCACAGGUGGAAGAAGCAGCGGAGGUAGUGUUGGAGGAAGAGGAUGCACCAGUAGAAGAAAUAAUAGAGAAAGCUACACAAGUAGAAGCAGCUGUGGAGGAGUUUGUACCAGUAGCAGAAGCUGUGGAAGAUGUUGUACCGGUAGAAGAAGCAGUUGAGGAGCUUGAACCAGCAGAAGAAGCUGUGGAAGAGGUUGUACCAGUAGAAGAAGCAGUUGAGGAGCUUGAACCAUCAGAGGAAGCUGUGGAAGAGGUUGUACAAGUAGAAGAAGCAGAUGAGGAGCUUGAACCAGUAGAAGAAGCAGUUGAGGAGCUUGAACCAGUAGAAGAAGAAGUAGAAGAACCUGAACAAGUGGAUGAACCUGAAACAACAGAACCAGUGGAAGAUGUAGAAACACCCGAAGAGACAGCUGAGGAAUCAGUCUCUGUAGAAGAAACUGAAACAGAAGAAGAUGUUAUAGAGGACACAGAUGAGCCAGUUCAGGAUGAUGAGGAAGUACAAGACUCCACAUUGGAGGAAACAGAGCUUGAGGAAGAGAAUAUGGAAGAAGAAGAGGAGGAUGCAGCUGCUGAGGAAGAGCAGCCUGAGGAGGACGAAGCAGAGGAAAUUAACCAAACAGAAGAACAAAUUGAAGCAGAUCCCACAGAAACAUAAAACAUUAGGCAGUAUGUAAGAUAUGGAGAGGACCAGCCCCACAUGGCAUUCCACUGGAAGUCUUCAGCUGCCGAAUCCCACCAUGGAGUAAAAAAAAAAAAAAAAAAAGAGAACGCUACUAUUUCCCUUUCAUUUUUUUUUUUUUUUUUUUAAUGUGAUAUUCAAGCCUGUUUGUUAAUUGAUAAUGUAGUCUCUUUGUGUACAAGUACACAAUUAUUUGUAUGUUUUGUCAACUUUUUUUUGUUUGGUGGUGUGACCCUUUUUCCCCUUGCGAAUCCCUUUUUUUGUAAUUCCAGGCAAAGCUUUUUUCCUGUUCUCUUACAUAGAUGUGAAUUAGCAUUUUGUGAAUGAUCAUGGAUGAUAGUUUGGUUUAAGUUUCUUAUCCUGUGUGUACAAACACCUUCAUGUUGCUUUGUAGCUCCGAGAUCUUCACAUUCUACUCGGCACUGAAUUCUUCAGUGUUUCUAUCUUCAUCAAAUCUGAUGUUUUGCUUAAAUGUGAAGGUACUAUGCAAAGCUGCACUGAUCUUUCGCUAUUUUUAUCCUUAGGUUUUGUACUACCGAUAUGUAUUGAGUCGAAAUUUCCAAUGUUGCAUAUCAAGGACAAGUUUAUGCUGGCAGGUUAACCAAGAUAAUUGCUAUGUGAACUGUGUAUGGAGUGAACGGGCGUGCAUGUGCAUGUAUGUGUGUCUAUUUGAAAAUUAAUGUUUAACUAUGCGAAACAAUCAUUUGAGCCAUUUUUCUCACUAGUAUGUUUUCAUGGUGUUUUCUUAUGUGUUUUCCAGCGUACAGUCAGCAUUUUAGUACCUCUCUUGAUAUUUUCCUCAAUACUGUAGCCGAUAUGCUUAGAGAUCAGAGAUCUUGUUUUUUGCAUUUCUUCACAUUUUUUAACUCAGAGGCAUAGAAUCGCUCCCCAUCCCAUUUUUUAUUUUUAUUUACACCUUUGCCUUUUACAGUAAGCCCUGUUUCAUAGGCUCAUGAUUUGACAAGCUCUGUUUCAGGUAGACACUCCAGCUGCUGUGCAGUAUGUUUAUGACAAACAGUGAUGUUUAAAGGGUGUCUAAUGUAAUAACUGGUGAAGGAUGCCCACAUAAAUAUGGAGGCAUCUACAAUGUUUCGUUUUUAUAGCAGGGUAAUGAUAUUACCUAGUGCUUUUUGUGGGACAUCACAAAUAAGUAUAUUUUUGUCAUGCACUGCCCAUCUAUUGACUUCACAGUUCAUUUAAUUCUGGGCCUUUCAGUUUUUGCAGGCACAUCUGUAAGAAUUCAAUACACUUUGUUGUACAUUCAGAAAAAAAAAGAUGACUGGUUAUUUUGCAACUUUUAUUAUCAUAGCAAGUCAUACGUUGUUUGUUUUUACUAUUAAUGUUGUCAUGGUUUUUAUUACAACACGAUGUAGUUUUCACCUUUGUGGAGUAGUUGGUUAAGAAAUCAAAACCUUGCUUGAUCUUUUGAAGGAAACCCAGUCCUGGCUCCUGAAUGGUUUUGCUGUGGAAUAUGUUUUUUUUCUUCUUUUCUUUGUAAUGUUGUUACACUGUGUUUUUAUGGGGCCUGCCAGAAUAGAUCUUGUUUUUGAGAUAGGUUUUAGGAAAUCUUUUAAAACAAUGGUUUCAUAACAUAUACAGGUGGCUGAAUUGUAGUUUUUAGGGUUUGUUUUUCUUUUUCUACAAUACUAGAGGGUGUUUUGGACCCCUAACACUUUUGAAGUCAAUGUGAAUUUUUAAAGUGGUAUUAAUUUUUACAAACUAAAUAGCUUUUUUUUUUCUUUUAUAGGAUUUUAAAGGAUUUCUUUUAUUUAGGAUUUGACAUUUUUAUAGUCAAACGGAAUGAUUUUUUUUUUUUAAUGAAAGUGUUAACUUCUAAAAGCCAUAUGUGAAAGGUUGGAUAUAGCAGCGUUAGUACAGGUUGUGCUUCAAAAGACAGAUAGCUCACAACCAGCAAUAACACCAUGUGUGAAGGGAGCAUUUCUUAGUGAAAUCCAGAUAUAAACAGGUUUACUCGAGGCUUUCUAUCCAGAGGUGUACAUGAAAUCCUGCUGUAUAGGCUAACUCGUUUUAAGUUAUUGAGGCAAUGCAAUUUUAGGGAGUUUUGGGUGACUUCACAGAUAAUGUAAACAGCUGUACAUGUUUUGUUUGAGUGCUGCAAUAAAGGUUGGGUACAAGGAGA